AGGGCAUGAAGAAUUCAGUAGCGAUACCAUCACUACUCAUCCUUGCUGUCGGCAAAAUCAUUGGGUUUGUGAAAGACGAUCUCCACAAGAACAUCAAUGCUCCUAAGAUUCCCUUAUGACGAAGCUUGGUUCUGCUGAUCAGGCAUUUGAGGAACUAUUGGAGAGCAUGAGAUUAUGGUGGUGGAAUUUGGUGAGAGUCUUCCAAUUGGCGUUGGAUUUUGAAUGUUGCUUCUCAGGGAACGCCAAAUGGAGGACUGAAAGGCUUCUACACAUAGACUAUCUUCUUACAGCUUCACCCCUUGAAAAUCAGAAGGAAAAUGUUGUUCAUUUUGCUGAGAGG